GGUGGCAAUUUGGGCUGAGGAUGAACCUGUUUUAAUGGGAAUACCUGCACUGGACCCUUAGGAAUCUAAUGAUUGAGAAGAACUGGUUUUUACCAAAUAAAUAUAUGAUUGACACUAGAGGUUGCAGCCUUUAGCCUCCUUGUUAGAGCAUCCGACUCCCACACCGGAGACCCAGGUUCGAGCCCCAGCCAGAGCGGGCUGAGUAGGACCUGGGUGAGGGGUUACAUUGAUGCCGUGACCUGGAUGGGAGUGAGGUUUAGGGGGGUGAGUGUAAUGGAGGCCAGCUAGUAGUUGCUGUGCAAGUAAAAACCUCACUCCUUUGAUCUCAAGAGAUGCUCUAGCGACUGACACUAGAGGUUGCAGCCUUUAGCCUCCCUGUUAGAGCGUCCGACUCCCUCUCUGGAGACCCAGGUUCGAGGCCCGCACAGAGUGCUUAUGUAACCCCUGGGUGAGGUUGUAUAAUAAUGGUAUAGACACCAUAGUGGUGAGCGUUACAUGCAGCUGUAUUAAGCAGUGCUGUCUUGUUUUGGCAAAUUAUUUGUGUUAAAAUAUGAAAAGUCAAUUGUUGAUUGAAAAAAAACAUUAUUAUUAUUAUUAAUAUAAAAUUUCAGAUCACAGUAAUUACUAAUAAAAUAUUUUAGAUAUUUUAUUAUAUCUAUUUUUUUCCUCAUGACUUCUAUUAAGUGACAAAGGAACUGUCAGGCUGUUUAUCAAGAUAUUUAUACUUGAAGACCCGGAAGCUAUCAAGGAAACACGCUGUAAUGAACAUCCUGUGUAGUAUUAGACCACAUUCAUUUGUUGCUCAGACGCUCAGAGGAGAGCAUGACUUACAUUCACACUCCAAGACUAUAUUUUGGGCUUCUGUUCUUAAUUCUGUCCUUUCAACGAUGCUGUUCAGCAGGUGCUCUGAGUGUGCAGUGUAAGAUCAUCAACCUCGAGUAUGUGGAGUGCAUCUGGAACCCAAACACAUCAACAAUGAACUACACCUUCAGCAGUAAAUUUGCAAACGACGACUCCCACGACUGUCAAGAAUACAUCUUGAAGCACAAUUACACUGUAGGCUGCAAAAUUCCUCUCAAAAACCAUGAUCAGAAGUUUUCAAAAUUUCAAAUAUCUGUGUCCACUGAAGGAAACCACACUUUUGAAAAAUCUUUUCAUUCCCUCAAGAGCCUUGUGCAGCUAAAAGCACCCUAUAACCUCUCAGUGAAGUGGAAUGAGCACAACAGCACACUUUUACUACAGUGGAACAGCAGUACCACCCUCAAAGAUAACUGUGUAGUCUAUAAUGUGCGCAACCAGAAAGACGAAACCCAGUUGUCAGCAAAUGUGACAAAAAAGUCAUACAGUCUGACGCAGGUCUCACAGAACAAGCACUAUGUUUUCCAAGUCCGGAGCACUGUCUCUGGUCUCUGUGGUUCUUCAGAUUUAUGGAGUGACUGGAGCCCUCCAGUGGAGUGGGGCAGUGCAGAGAACAUCAGCAGACAAGGCUGGUCGCAGUGGUUGUAUGGUUUUCUGUCAGUACUUAUGCUGUUCUUGCUGGGUUUGUUGUUGUGCUAUUGUGAGAGGAAAGGGAUCAUCUUACUUCCAGUUGUGCCUGACCCUAGCAAGAACCUACAGGACUUGUUCCAUAAACAUGAUGGAAAUGUUGAGAGCUGGGUUCACAUCUCCAGAGAGCUGAAGGAUGCCUUUGAGCCAGACUACACAGAGCCGUCCUGCGAUGUGUGUGAGGUUACGCCCUCUUGUGAAGCCGAUCCCACACCUGUGGCCAGUCCUGCUCCUCAAACUGACAAGUGUGAUGAACCAAGCGCUGCAGAAGAGCAGAGCUCAUAAGACGAAGAGGUGUUAACCUUUCACCUGAACUGUCAUCUCAUUCUUACUGUACAUGUUCACAAGCGACAUUUCAGUGUCUGUUCUCAUUUGCACAUUUAUCUUUUACAAUUGUAUGUAGAGUUUAAGUAUAAGACAGAUGGAAAUUUAAAUGACUAACAUUAUCAAUACUACAGUGAAUCUAAUAGUUUGGAGUUGUUACACUGACGAAGGUGGAAUUUAUUUGAUCAAAAAUACAGUAAAAACAACAACAUUGUGAAAUAUUAUUACAAUUUAAAAUAAUUGUUCUCUAUUUGAAUAUAUUUUAAAAUCUGAUCUAAUUCUUGUGAUGGCAAAGCUGAAUUGUGUCAUAUGAUAUUUCAGAAAUCAUUCUGAAAUCGUGCUGAUUUAGUGUUGAAAACAAUUGUGCUGCUUAAUAUUUUUAAUAUUUUAUAUAUAUAUUAAAUAUGUUAUAUUAUUAAAAAUAUUAAAUAUGUAUUUUAUAAUAUUUUUGUGGAAAAUGUGAUAAAUUUUUUCUCAUGAUUCUUUGUUGAAUAGAAAGUUUAAAAGAACAUUUAUUUGAAAUAGAACUUUUGUAACAUUAUAAAUGCCUUUUUUUAAAUUGUUUUGAUCAAUUUAAUGCACCUAUGUUGAACAGAAGGAUUAAUUUCUUACUGUACCCAAAUUUAAAAACUUAAAAAUACAUGAAUGUCUUUGCAUUACAGCAUUUAAAGGUAUAUCAAACCAAUGGCAUUUAAUUUAAAGAAAUAUAGCACACUUUCAGAAGUGUUUAACUUUUUUGGGGGGGUAUUGUUAGGUUUUUAAUUCUAAAACAAUAUACAGUAUGUAUUGUGUUAAGGCUACAGGUAUUUCUACACUUUUUGAUGGAGAACUUGAAGUAAACAGACUUCAUAAAUCCACUAAGAAUCACCGUGUGCACAUAAUAUUUAAUGAAACUGCCUUUUAAGUUUGGUAACAUGUUGAACAGAUAUGUAAUAAAAAACUUUUGAUUAUGCAUAUCA